AUGAAGGAACUUCAGGAAGGAAGAAGGCUCAUAUCAAAACCAAAGAGAAGUUUCUACAACUACGUCCAAUUAGAGGUCAGCCACAAUGUAACGACCAAGACUCAGAGAAACGGAGAAAGAGUAGAACAGAAGUUGGUAAGAGAAAAUAUAAGGGCAACCAGAAAUAAUCAUAACAUAAUGAAGGAAAAGGGGGAGGAGAAGUCAGGAACCCGCAUAUGCCACCCAAUUGGAAAAGAUCACCAGGACAACCGAGGACCCAACAAACAAAUCCCAAGUAACCAUAUCCCCCCAAAAGACAGCUAA